AAAUCAUCAUUGUUGUGUCUGCGUGGUACCGUUAUGUGCUAGUGCGGUUCUGAUUAUCGAUUUUUCAUUCAGUCCGCCCUCGCUUCAAGUCUCAUAGCAAUGCGAUAAGGGACGGGAGUAUUGUUUGCCACUUUUGAACGCUUUUCGGAGGAAUUUCCUCGUAGAUUGUAGGGGUUGGUCAAUUCGGAGUGCAUCGGAAUUCUGAUCCUGUCGGAAAGGGCGUGGAUGUGAAGGAAUUUUCUUUCAUUCGGAAGAAUGCUGAAACAGGAAAAUUUGGCCGCAAACUUUUGCGGAUUAUUGUCCGUCAGUGGUUGUAGAGAUGUCGCCGUCGAAUGGAGGAUUCUGGGAAAGGAGCAGGACGGAUCUCUGCUGGCAGGAUGGGUUUCGUUCGACCCGAAGAACCGAAGCGAGCAGAGAAGCAAACUUGGCGUUUAUAUGCCGAAGCACAAGACAUUGCAAGUUCUGUACACUUUUGACACGAAGGAGAACAUCAUCCAGGCUUCUGUAAAUCUGACCAGAACUUUGUUGCUUUACACCACGAAGGAGCUAAGGCAGGAAGAAUCUGGUCGGAAGACGGACAUCUAUCGCACGUUUUUGAUUGAGAUCAAAGAAAAUGUUGAUGUGGAGCCGUUGCUGCUGCUGGAAGUAGACCGGAACCACCAGAUGAUGGCACAGUUCUUGUGGCGGAAUUUGGCCACUUUCGAGAAGAGUCAACAGGAUAAGUUUCUGUUGUUCAUUCAUCAUGAGCAAGUUCUUUUGUACACAGUGACGCUCAAAAAGCAGAUAACUGACGGAGAUGAAGAUUUGCUAGGGAGUAGUUCAAAGCUGAACUAUUCCGAUCCUUCAGCCUGGUACCUGGACAAAACCGGUAUCAAAAAUGAAACCAUUACCAAAAGCUUCGUUUGGGCUCAAUGGGAUCCAAUUGUGCAAGCUCUUUACUACAUUCACAUGAAACCAGCCCCCAAGACACUGUUCGAAAAGGAUGACGGUUCUACCGAAAAGAAGAUGAAUCCAACGCUGUCGGCGUUCCAAUUCCAUGACGAUCUUCGCACUGAAACCGUUUUGAACAUUCCUCUCAACUUACCCAACAUUCCAACGUCCAGCUCUGGAACGGAAGACAUCUAUGAAGAUGACGCGGUUCCCCUUCGGAUACAUGAUUCAUCGCUCAACCUGAUAAUUGUCAGUGAUCAAAUCGGAAUGCUCUAUGUCUGCCAUUACUAUCUGUAUCAACCGAUCAAACAGUCUGACGAGGAAGCAUCGACUUCGCAGAACAUUUGUGAUGUCCAUUUUGCGUAUUCUGUGACGAUUCUGCACCACGGAUGUGUCAUUCAUUGUGUAAUUCCCGGCAUUCCGUGGGACAAGGCCAAAACGAUGAAACCAACUUUCACUCUCCACGGAGAUCAUCACAUGUUGGUGUUCCAAGCGGAUCUUUUCAUGCACCUGCUCGAUGUUGGACUGUCCCAUGAGCCAUGUUGCCACAUUGUUUGUCCUCCGUUCACGCGCCAACCGGUGACCCAUUUGGUGCCGUGCUUUGCCACCAACAAUAUUUGCUAUGAUUCGGCCACGUUGGAUCUGAUUUCGAUUACGAUUCCAAAGAAUCAUCUCAUUGAAGCGUUUCGGAAUGAUACUUCGAUCGACAAUCGGCUGGCCAUUGUGCACUAUUUUCUGGCCCAUUCCAGUGGCGAUAUCUUGGAAAUUUUCUCUGAGCUUCUGAGCAUCAUAAUGGAGCGCCCGCUGCAUCUGGAUACGGUUCCCCUGCUCAAGGAAGCGCUCAUCUCCGGCACGUACGCUUCCUCCAAAAAAGGACUCUCCCAAGACCAAUUGGCUCUCUUUCGACUGCUUCCUCUAACGACGUGCAACACCUCAAAACCCAUCCAAGCCAAGAUCUCCAACCUGACCGUGGGCUUGUCGCACGAAACUCUCUACAAUACGUCGAUGAUGUUGCUUUCGCCGCAGCAACGCCUCUCCCCGUUUCGCAAAGACAUCUGGACCAGCUUGUGGGAGCGUCUGAAUGACAACAAGGAACGCGCUCGAUUUGCCCAGGAACAAGUGACCGAAAAACUUAUGUACUCUCUGACCUGCUACCAACCGGAAGCGCUUUCCCGCUGCUCCACGCCAAUGUCUCCGGCGAAUCCGAUUGUGAACGUGGCCGCCGAGUUCUCCAGUGCCAGCCGUCGGAUGCAGAACAACGAUGUGCUUCCAUUUGUCGAAACAGAAGCCUGCACCGCCAGCAAGCAAGAACUGGUCCUGAAUGUGAACCUCCGGGAGCUCAGCAUGCAUCUGGUCAAGCACAGCGUUAAGGAAGUCAGUGGCUUUCGUUGGUUGAAGAACGCCUUCUACGACAGCAAUCCGGCACCUUCCCACGUACACGCCGUGGCCACAAGAUACGUUGCUGCUCAGUUGGAGCAAUCGCGGGCCCUCUGUGUGCUUGUCUGCAAGACGGCUGGGCUGGAUCUAGCCCUUGCACCGGAAAGAGGAUUCGCCUUGGUUGAUCAGCUUACCAGCGCCCAGCAGCUUAGACUUUUCACCCUCCUGGAACGCUACUGUCUGGCGGCGGAAUCGCUUGCAUUUCCCUUCCCAUUGGGCUUCUCAUCGUUUUUCACCUACCUGGGCUACCGGGCGCUGAGUUUCGACAACUUUAUGCAAUACGUCGAACAUCACGUGUUCGAGUUGCAGAUCGACGUGAUCAAGGUCAUCAUUGCCGACAUCGACGACUCGGCGGAGGAGGGAGUACAGAGGAAGUUGAGUUUGCUGAUGACACUCCCGAGGACGCGUGCCCGUCGGCUGCUGAACAACUGGAACCAUCCGGUUAGUACUAUGCUCAAAGGGCGAGAGCAUGCGCUGAACAUUUUGUCCGGAAAUUCGGUGCACCUGAGGGGCUAUUCGCAGCUGAAGAAACGGGAGUACAAACCGAAAGUUUACCUAUGUUUCCGCUGCAUUUGGCCCUGCUGCAUGAAGCGAAACCACUACGACCGGAACGUUCGCCAUAAUUCACCAUUCCCUCAACGAUCACCCUGCACCUACGGUCAGCUUAAUUCAAUUCCACUACGCCGCGUUCCACAGGAGGACAAUUGCACCCCACCCAACACUCCAUCAUCAUCGUGCGAACUGUUUGAUUGGCAUGGUCAUCCAUCUUCAUCUUCAUCGAUUGCAGUCCCUUGGACAUCUAACCGUCAUGCAAACCGUCUAUCUCAUACCAUGAUUAUCGUUUUAGUUGUUUUGUAUGUUAUGGCCGUCACCGGCAUAGUUGUUUCCUCUUAUUUUUCAAUCGAUGUAAAUUUUGUACAGUUUGUUUCUAAGUGUUACAAUGCAAUCAGAAUUGCAUCUUGAUACAAUGUUGCUUUGCAUGACGACUUCUUGUUAUAAUUUAAAACUGUUGAUAUAGACAAUACACCAACGCUCAAAGAACUCUUA